AUGAGGCCCCGGAAAGCCUGGAUGCUCGUCCUACUUCUGGCCCUGGCGCAGCUGCUGGCCGUGGCGAGCGCCGGGGGCCCGGACGAAGAUUCUUCCGACAAAGAGGAUGCCGUCGAGGAGGAUGAUGAGGAGGACGAGGACGACGAUGAUGACGACGACGACGAUGACUUGGAAGUUAAGGAGGAAAACGGCGUCUUGAUCCUAAACGAUGCAAACUUCGAUAACUUUGUGGCUGACAAAGACACAGUACUGCUGGAGUUCUACGCUCCGUGGUGUGGGCACUGCAAACAGUUUGCUCCAGAAUAUGAAAAAAUCGCCACCACCUUGAAGGAGAACGACCCUCCCAUCCCUGUCGCCAAGAUCGACGCGACCUCAGAGUCGGCGCUGGCCAGCAGGUUUGAUGUGAGCGGCUACCCCACCAUCAAGAUCCUGAAGAAGGGGCAGGCGGUCGACUACGAGGGCUCCAGGACCCAGGAAGAAAUUGUGGCCAAGGUCAAAGAGGUCUCCCAGCCCAACUGGACGCCUCCACCAGAAGUCACGCUCGUGCUGACCAAGGACAACUUCGAUGAGGUGGUGAAUGAUGCUGACAUCAUGCUGGUGGAGUUUUAUGCUCCCUGGUGUGGACACUGCAAGAAACUGGCCCCCGAGUAUGAAAAGGCUGCCAAGGAGCUGAGUAAGCGCUCUCCCCCGAUCCCCCUGGCGAAGGUCGACGCCAUAGCGGAGACAGACCUCGCCAAGAGGUUCGACGUCUCCGGCUACCCGACCCUGAAGAUCUUCCGCAAGGGGAAGGCUUUCGAUUACAACGGCCCACGGGAAAAAUACGGGAUCGUCGACUACAUGAUCGAGCAGUCCGGGCCGCCCUCCAAGCAGAUCCUGGCCCUCAGACAGGUCCAGGAGUUCCUGAAGGAUGGAGACGACGUCAUCGUCAUUGGGGUCUUUAAGUCGGAGAGCGACCCGGCCUACCAGCUGUACCAGGACGCAGCUAACAGCCUGAGAGAGGAUUACAAAUUCCACCACACUUUCAGCACCGAAAUAGCAAAGUUCUUGAAAGUCUCCCCGGGGAAGUUGGUCGUCAUGCAGCCUGAGAAAUUCCAGUCCAAAUACGAGCCCAAGAGCUAUGUGAUGGACAUCAAGGACUCCACGGAGGCCGCGGCCAUCGCGGAGCACGUGGUGAAGCACACGCUGCCCCUGGUCGGCCACCGCAAGGCUGCCAACGACGCCAAGCGCUAUGCGCGGCGCCCCCUGGUGGUCGUCUACUACGGCGUGGACUUCAGCUUUGACUACCGCGCGGCCACUCAGUUCUGGCGGAACAAGGUCCUGGAGGUGGCCAAGGACUUCCCCGAGUACACCUUCGCCGUGGCCGACGAGGAGGACUUCGCCACGGAGGUGAAGGACCUGGGGCUGAGCGAGAGCGGGGAGGAGGUGAACGCGGCCGUCCUGGACGAGGGCGGCCGCAGAUUCGCCAUGGAGCCCGACGACUUCGACGCCGACGCCCUGCGCGACUUCGUCACCGCCUUCAAGAAAGGAAAACUAAAGCCUGUCAUCAAAUCCCAGCCAGUACCCAAGAACAACAAGGGGCCGGUCAAGGUCGUGGUGGGGAAGACCUUUGACUCCAUCGUGAUGGACCCUAAGAAGGACGUCCUCAUCGAGUUCUACGCGCCCUGGUGCGGGCAUUGCAAGCAGCUGGAGCCGGUGUACACCUCCCUGGGCAAGAAGUACAAGGGCCACAAGAACCUGGUCAUCGCCAAGAUGGACGCCACGGCCAACGACGUCACCAGCGACCGCUACAAAGUCGAGGGCUUCCCCACCAUCUACUUCGCCCCCAGUGGGGAUAAAAAGAACCCAAUUAAAUUCGAGGACGGAAACAGAGACCUGGAGCAUUUGAGCAAGUUUAUAGAAGAACAUGCCACAAAACUGAGCAGAACCAGGGAAGAACUUUGA